CCGCCGGGGAGAUCUAGGAACAGAGUCAUCACUCAUCGGAGUGGAACUGCAGGCUGUGGGAAUGAUGCAUCAGUUACUGCUACAAGGAACAAGAGAAUUCUUGGAUGCAUUCCCUCUUCAGUUUUGACAGAUAUCGAUGGCAAUGACUGAUUAGCAGAGUAUGGUGCAUUACAUGGCACUGCGGGAGUGCCUUUAGGCGCACUCUUCCGUUUCUUGCACAAACAAGGUAGGUCACACAACUCCAAAUCCAGAGCUGGUCCCUUCAUUGCCAGCUUCACAGAAAAACAAAUCAGAGGAUGGGGACAGUGUCACAAACAGCCAGAUUAAAAAAAGAAAUCCCACACAACCUGCAGCUGGUGAGUGAUGAGCCUCUUUCUUUUCUGUUUUUUUUUUCUGCAAGCAAAGCAAAGCAGCCAACCAACCCGGAGGAACAAGGCGAGAAGCCAUUAUUCCUUUCUUCCCUCGCUUACAGCCUAAACUCCCCUCCAGUGUCUCCACUACAUUAAUUUCCAGGCCCCAAUGACGCGAGGCCGCACCCUCCUCCGGACCUCCGGCCGCCAGCAGCAGUAAUUGCAGCGCGCCUCUGCGCCACCAGCCGGCCUUUGACCCGCUCCCCCCGCGCCGUCGCCAUGGCCGAGGACGCCACCACCUCCACCUCCUCCGCCGCCGCCUACCUCCCGCCGGCGCUCCCGGCCUCGCGCCACGACAUCCAGGCCGCCGUCGCCAAGGCGGCCGAGCUGCGCGCGCUCCACGCCGCGCUCCUCCAGGGCGGCGCCAAUGCUGGCGCCUACGCCAGCGCCAGCCGGAGCCCGGCCGUCAUCCGCCUCCCGCCGGCCGCGUCGCCGGCGCUCGCCAGGACAAGCCUCGCCCUCGCGGCCCCGGCCUCCGCCGGUGCCGAGGACUACCCCGUGUUCGCCCCGACUUACGAUGAAGAACCCUUGGGUGGCACGAACUACAUUCGCCAAGAUAACAGGAGUCUAUCUGAGAACUGGAGCGGCAUGGGAUUGGACCAUGAUGGCCUAGAAGAUGAAGUGGCCUUCUCGGAUUUCGACAAUCACAACACCUUCUCGUCAUCGAACAGCGAACUACAUUUUUCUUCUUCAAACGAGCAUCUGCGGAACAGAAUGGCAUGCAGAAAUCAUCCAUCCUUCCUUCAGCCCGCCCUCUCUGCUGACAGUUUGCUCAGGUCAGCCAGCCGGAUGACAGACUUAAACGAGUUUAAGGCUGUUACGACAUGCAAUACCUGCAAACCUGCGACUAUUAGUAGGGACACUGAAGCAGAUGCCAAGCCCCUGAAGAACCUCGAUAGCACAGCGCCGCUGUCAAACUACCACCCUGCUGCCUUCUCCCGGACAAGGCACAAGGGGCCACAUAUUCUUUCAUGGCUCUUACCAAAGUCAAAGAGGAAGCCGAAAUCAGACAUGUCACCAAACACCAUCGAAUGUGAGAACAUGUCGCAGCUUCUAAAGGAGUGGGGUGUGUUCUCACUGGAGUCCCUGAAGAAAGAGGUCAUUGAGGCCAAUGAACACAGGGACGCUGCCCUGCAAGAAGUGUCAGAGGUCAAAUCAUCAUUAGGGGAACUCACUACCAAGCUAGUGAGCCUGGAAGCAUACUGUUCAGAACUGAAGAAGGCUCUAAAGCAAGCAACGAGCGUGAAGAACAUGCAAUCUCACUCAAAGAGAUCAACUAGAUCCGUUAGUGGCAACAGAGACAAUUCCUUGCCCGUCAGUGAUGAAGUCAUGGUGGAAGGGUUUUUGCAGAUAGUAUCUGAGGCCCGUCUCUCCAUAAAACAGUUUUGCAAGGUACUAAUCCAACAGGUCGAGGAUGCUGACAAUGGACUAUCAGAUAAGCUAAAUUUACUCCUACAACCGUAUCAAAUUACACUCAACGACAAGCACCCAAAACUAGUGCUGUACCACCUUGAAGCUCUGAUGAACCAAGCAAUGUACCAAGACUUCGAAAACUGCACGUUCCAGAAGAACGGGUCACCCAAAUGCCUCGACCCCAAGCAGGACCGGCAGGAGAAUUUUGCCUCAUUUGUGGCCCUGCGCAACUUGAGUUGGAACGAGGUCCUGAAGAAGGGCACCAAGUACCACUGCGAGGACUUCAGCCGCUUCUGCGACCAGAAAAUGAGCUGCAUCGUGUCCACCCUGAACUGGUCAUGGCCGUGGGCCGAGCAGCUGCUGCAGUGCUUCUUCGUGGCGUCCAAGUGCAUCUGGCUGCUCCACCUGCUGGCGUUCUCCUUCAGCCCGCCGCUGACGGUACUGCGGGUCGAGGAGAACAGGGCAUUCGACCAGAUGUACAUGGAGGACGUGCUGUUCGACAAGCAGCGGGCGCAGAACCAUCCAUCGGCGCAGGUGAAGCUCAUGGUGAUGCCUGGGUUCUAUGUCCAGGACCGGGUGCUCAAAUGCAGGGUGCUCUGCAGGUACAGCUAGAUCCAAACUUCCAAAUGAUAACUGGAGGUGCCUCUAGUUUUCUUUUGACUUAUUGCUAGUGUGAUGUAGUAGCAUUUGUUCUGCUAAGUUGCAAAGUGUUAUACAGUACAGGAAUGCCAGAAUGUCGUUUUGACCGUUGACGUGCCUGUCAGUAUAUCUGUAACAUACUUGCGUUGCAAGAGUGCCAUGUGUAAGCAAGAUUUGUGGGAAUUUUUAACUUAACGGCUCUGUCAUUUGCAAUGAAGCCUCUUAA